UGUGUGUAAGAAAUUAUAACGACAAUAACUAUCGAUACUGAUCGCAUUUGCGAUACCAAGAAACCGAAGGCAGCGUUUAGUUUCUAUUUCCCACGGCAGUAACAUUCGGACAGAAUAUUUUAAAGGAAAAAGAAAAUGGAGGAAAUGCUCUCGCACAGUCGGACGAAGCGGUUUGAUAUCCCAUUAGGGCACAUUGAUUUUGAUUACAUUAAAAAGUGUACAGACAUCAAGGAAGUUGAAAGAAUCUUAAGGAUUUUAAGGACAGGGGAGGAGGGUAAUUAUCCUGAACUUCAAAAACUGACAGAAGACAGACUUGAAGAACUUGAUCCUAAAAACAUUUUGUUGAGAAAAACUGUUCCUGUUCCUUCAUUCAAAGAUAUUGAUAAAGAUGAAAGGACUGCUCUUACGUCAGAACUUAAGGACUGGAUGUCGGAUAUGAAAACCAUGGAGGACAGUCUGAAGACAAAUAUGAAUUUAACACAAGACGACGAUUCAUCUCUUCCUCCAAUCCGAGGGGAGGGAGUCACAAUUACUGGAGACGGGGAAGUGAAAUAUGACAAAACUAAAAAAAAAGUGGCACCAAGAGAUUUUCGAGAAUGGGACAAGAUUGAUGUAGACCAGGAACUGGAGCGACUAGACAAGGAGGAAAAAACGACGAUGGCUACAAAACCCUCUGGUAGAAGCAUCAAGGACCUCAGUCCCAAAGUUGACACCAGUGGUUUAUCUGGAGAGGAAAAGUUCAGAAAGGCUAACAUGGAGAAAGACAAAGGAAAUGAAGCUUUCAACUGUGGUGAUUAUGAUGAGUCAAUUAUGUACUAUUCCCGGAGUAUCUCCAUACAUCCUUUGCCUAAAUCGUUCAACAACAGAGCUUUAGCUUAUCUGAAGUUGUCAAAGUGGGACUAUGCCCUGACUGAUUUGGAACGAGUCAUUGAAGAAGAACCAAAUAAUAUUAAAGCUCUUCUGAGGAUGGGCAUGGCUUAUAAAGGAAAGAAGCGCUUCGAGGAAGCCAAGAAAUGUUUUGAAAAGGUUUUGCAGCUGGAACCCAACAACAAACGAGCAGAGGCCGCAUUGGAAGAAUCGGAAAAAGAAGAAAAGAAAUACAAAUCUGAGAAAGAGAAGAGGAAAGUGAAGGGUAGAAGGAUGAAGAUUGAAGAUGUCAGUGAUUCCGAGGAGACUAAGGAGGUGGAACAGAAAGUCAUCAAUGGCUGGCAGAAAACUGAAACUGGAGAGGAAACGAACCAGACCGUCAAGGGUAAUAGAGGAUCUGUUAAGGAGAAUGCUGUAACUGGUCAAGACCGACCAACGAUAUGUCCUACUGGAAUGAGUGCUGAAAACAGAGAUACUAAAGAUAUUUGGCAGAGUGAUGAAGUAAAUGAGGAAACGGAGUCGGAAAAUUCCACAAAUACGACAUGUGUCGCUUCAACAUCCGAGUCAUCACCACAUUCCUCUCUUGACGGAAACACUAGUCUGGCUUCUGGAGACUGCGAGACUAGAACAGACACUCCCACUGAUUCACAAGAGGCAGCUGCCGGGGCAUCUAGUCCGUUUCACACCCGAACGGUGCUGUAUCAGUACCCCAUGUCAUCCGGCUGUGCCAAACUGCGGGAAGAAGGGAACACACUGUUUAGGUCAGGGCGGUAUGCAGAGGCUUCAGAAAAAUACCAACAAGCUAUCACCAAAUUUGGGAAAGUAACUGAAGAAACCACUGUGAGCCUAUCUCUUGUGCAUAGCAAUCUAGCUGCAUGUUUACACAAAAUGGGCAAUUGUUCUUCUGCUGUAGACAAUUCUAAAAAAGCCUUGGAUCUGGUUCCACAUUCCAUAAAACCUCUGCUCAGACGGGCUACUGCAUAUGAAGCCUUGGAACUGUAUCCUAAGGCCUAUGUUGACUUCAAGCAUAUUCUAAGUAUAGAUAGCUCUAUACAACAGGCCCAUCAGGGAUCUUCCAGAUGCCAACAUGUCCUGAGCGACCGACAUGGAUCCACAUGGCGUGAGAAGUUACCUCCACUUGUUAAAGUGAACCCCUGGGAAAUCCCUCUAAUCCUGGAAGUUGGUCCUGACGGCAAGAAGCCAAGUGUGCCAGUUCAGGUUCAAUCAGCGGAGAAACCCUUGCUCAGUCCCUCCCAGCCCUCGACUGCUGACACCAUAGCACAGAAUACACACUGUGCCGACUCUCACACCAUUGGGGUGGACCCAGCGGCCGAGGGUAGUUGUUUAGAAGGUGAUGCGGCCGAUUCUUGUGUGGAGUGUCCAGACCCUGAUGGGUGCUUCCAGCAGCUGAAGUUGCAAGGCAAUGAAAACGUCCAGAAGAAUAACUUCAAGGAAGCUGUAGAGUGCUAUACGAAGUGUAUAGAUAUCUUCCCAGACCGAGCUGUAGGCUACACGAACAGAGCUCUGUGCUAUCUCAGGUUAAAUCAGGCACUAGAAGCCCAUGCCGACUGUUGUAAGGCUCUGGAACUGGAAGCAGAGAACACUAAGGCAUUGUACAGGAAAGCACAGGCGAAAAAGAUGAUGCACCAGUACAAAGAAAGUCUCCAAGAUCUCUUCACUCUGUUGAAGCUGGAACCAAAUAAUGUAGCUGCCAAGAAGGAAGUUGAAAUAGUCAAAAAAUAUUACAAAGAGGAACUGGAAAAAGUAAACUGUCAGAGUGCUAAAACCACACCUUCAAAGAAAGAAGACAAACCGAGGAAAAGGAUGAAUAUUGUAGAAGUGGAUGGUGACGAGGAAGACGGCACUAAAGAACAUAAAAAAUCUGAAACUAAAACACAUUUGCCAUCGAAGAAGUCGGUCCCCAAUGCAGCAGGAAAACAGCCAGGAGCUGAAUCCGCUGAGAAUAAAUCUGCAGCCACGGGAAACAAAACAGCUGCCAGUCCAGCUACAGAUGCAGGCACUCAGCCUAAUAGAAAAUCCAAAAAGAAAGCAAAAUCUGCUAAAACAACGGGCACCAACUCCCCGACACCUGCCCCGAGUGUUCCCAAUUUGGAGAAGGCCAGCCCGUACGAGUUCAUCCAGGCGUGGAAUGCGUUGAAGACAUCACAGGGGAUACAACCGUACGCCGAUCUGCUGAGGAACGUGGCACCCGACGAGUUACCAAGAGUAAUUAGUAAACACUUUGAUGGACCUAUGUUGCAAAAGAUCACUGCUUGUGUGAAAAAUGACUUCAUUAAAAAUAAAGACUUUGACAGAGGAUACAAGACUCUUUUUCAUCUCUGCAAAGUGUCCCGAUUUGGCACUGUGUCAAUGUUCAUGUCCAAGGUGGACAAAAAUGAAAUGAGAGAAAUCAUGACCAGCCUAGCCACCCACAAAUCCGAGAUGUACUCUGCAAGCGACAUUGACUACUUACGAGAGAAAUACAGCGUUAAAGUAUAGCACAGACACUGUAGUUAACUUGACCCAGUGUGAUAACGUCGCCAUGUGAUAUUUACCUGCAGCUAAUGCUAUGGCAAUAACACUAAUGUACUUGUGACAUUUAAUAUAAAAACCUUUGUGUUUGUAAAUUAUGAUCCAGUUCUAUACUUCAGUAAUAAUUUAUGACAAUGUGUUCACUAACAAUUGAAGAGUUAUUUAAGUAUGGUAUGUAUGACUAUAGUUUUCUGUGCAAUUCUUCAGUCAGCACCUGUCUUAGGUUAAUAACAUUAGAUAACACAAUAGAGUUUGAUUCUUUUUUCAACAUUCCAGUUUUCUGUGCUCAGUAUCAUGCUUUUUGCCUUUUGAUUGAAAUCAUUUUACUUUGAAAUCCUUUAUAUUUUCAUAGGUUUAAAAUGUGUGGUUUUAUGAAGAAAAAAAACAUUUCGUUGUGUAGUUAAAUUUGUAGUAGUAUAAAAUUCAUGUUAUGUGUAUUCGUGGAUUAUAAUUUCAUUAUGUUCUUAAAGGUACAGAUCCUAGUUUUAACCAGUGAAAAUGUACACCAAGUUCAGUUAAUCACAAACAUGCAACAUAUCUGGAUAUGGUUAUAACAGAGAGACGCUAAAGUCUGUGGGUUUUUAACGGGGAAAUACUGUCUAAAAGUAACUGGAGCUAGUCUUGAUAAUCAUUAUUUCUCAGAUGAAUGUGUGUUUUAAGAAUUAUGAAAACUGCAUUUCAGGGUAUUACAAAAAAUUGCAUGACCAGAACCACAUCAGGUCUAGAAAAAUAAAUAUUGUAAACAAUAAAAUGUAAAUACUUUUUAUUUAAAUGAUAAAAAACAGCUUUAAAAGUAAAAAACAUACAUCAUAGUGUUUAAAAACUAGGGUCUGUCACUUUAAAUUCUUUGAUUACACUAGUCCGAGAGUUACACAAAAAUUAGCUCACCAUGGAUAAAAAUUAUUUCACAGCGAUUGUUUUUGUCCGUAGUAUCAAAUCUGACUCACUUGCAUUACUGAAUGAAUGGGAGUGCCAGUUUAUGCCAUAAAGAUAGUCUGAUAAGAAGAUACUUAUGUAACUGUUUAUUGUCCCCCAAGAGGGUAAUAAAUACCAGCUCUGUAGAGUGAAUCCUGCACAUGAGUGUUAAACAGCCACUUGAAAGAGUGGCCCAGAUUGACUUUACCGUGUACCAGCACUGUUUUAAGUGUCAUCAGUUAUUUCAGUUUGAAUUGACAGAAAAGAAAAAGUACUUCUGAAAUAAUAAUGUUUCUAUUUUUAUGUGCAAUUUAUAAAAGCAUUGGUAGGAUAUAAAUAAAACAACUAUACUUGUCCAUAGUAAAAAAUGUUGUCUGCUUAACAAAUUUGAUGUUAUAUUUUCUUUAUUAAUCUCUCUUAGUUGGACAUUUUUUGUAUGUAACAGAAAGAAAAAACUUGUAUCUUCUUUAAUAGACUGUCCAGUUUUUACAUACAUUAUACAAUUUUGAACUCGAAACACUGAGUUAUUCCAGCAGAGAAAUAUGAUUGGCUACCCUGAAAAAGAAGUUGAAUUUAUUUUUGUUGUUUUACUUUCAGACAUUAAGCCAUCUGCAGGUUUCGUCUCUAAGACUGUUAAAAUUACCAAAUGUUUGACACCCAGUAGCCGAUGAUUAAUAAAUCAGUGUGCUCUAGUGAUGUUGCUAAACAAAACAAUAUUUUGUUAUAUUUAAGAAGUUGGCCGUAUUAGAAUAGGGAAUCACUGAAAUCAUUUGCAUUCAUUAACCAUAUGUCUUUGCUUUUGUGCUUUUUUAUAAUAAAAUAUUGCUUAUAUCUCUUUAAGACCUUAUUUUGAAUUUUUGUGUUGGAGACAAACAAAAACCAUUUUAGAAAAUGACCUUUGCAACUUGCAAGCUGUUACAGGGGAGGAUAAGUUAGAGGUUCAUUGUAGUUACAGUGUGACCUCCUGUACAAGGAUGCCAAUGGAAGCUACAUUGUGCCUGCCAGGGGUAUGGCUGUAGCCUUCCAAUUAGAAACCAUGCAGUGCACAUUUGCAAUAGUGUUUAUUUUGUAUGGUCACAAAAGUUGAUCUCACCCAAACCUCGAAAUAGGAAGUAAAAUACGACCUGCUGUUACGUUUUUCAGAAUAGCAGAAAGCUAAAGAAAUAUGUCCUGCUCAAAAAAAAUAAAACAAUGUCCAGCUAGAAAUAAGACCGCACAUAAAGGAAGGGUUUGGGAUGGUGUGUAGAAAACUGGACCUCUAAGAUGUAGUUUAGAGCAUUAUGGAAUUACAAUAUAACACAAUUACAAGCUAAAUAGCAGAUGAGAUAAUCCUACCAACAUGUCUCUUGGAAAAAUGACCUGUUAUUUUUUUUUUGAAGUUUUAUGAGGUGAAUUUCUAUUUCACCUAAUAGGUCUAACAAAUUAACUGCUUUGCACAGUCCUUUUUAAAAAAAAAUUUUGCCCUGCUCCUGCUUCUAUCAAAGUUAUUUGGCUUUCCAAGGUGAUAUAAUAGUCUGACUGUUGUAAUCAAUGCUAUUGGAUGUCAAACAAUCAAUUAAUUGUAAUGCCAAAAAAAAUGGCAGGUGGCGAUGUUGGGUGUUGCUACACAUUUUAUUUGUGGCAGUCAUUUUCCCAUUUCUGCUUUAAGAUGUACGAUUCAGUUUCUUAACAUCCAGAUCGAUCCCCGUCGGUGGGCCUAUUGGGCUAUUUCUCGUUCUAACCAGUGCACCACGACUAGUAUGUCAAAGGCUGUUGUAUGUGCUAUCCUGUCUGGGAUGAUGCAUACAAAAGAUCCC